AGGUUUCAAGCCUGACGCAAACCUCUUUCCGUAAGAUACACUUUGAAUUUCCCAACAGUGACCGAUUUCCCACACUUCUCCCGGUCGCUCUACCCAUUCCUUCAUUUCGCACACCGUCGUUAUUCUCGCGCAACAGCGACACGGAAGUCUGAAAAGCUUCUCAGUUACGCAGCGGCUUCCACGUGUCGCUCAUAAUUUCUACACGGAUCUACAGGUUGUACAAGAUGUCGUCUACUCUAGACUCUAGCUCGACACCAAUGGAGGAUACACAGAAGGACACGCCAGUUGACAGCGGCGAGUCACGGAUCGCCGAUACGGAAAAUGUGAAAGUGCAAGACGCCAAACCCAAGGAAGCCAAGAAGAAAUCGAAGAAACGAAGCACUGCGGCGAAAAAACGCGGGACUGGAUUCGAGGAGUUCUACUGCGACCCGCCCAUGACGCCAGCCGAGCACAGCGAAGAGAAAGACAUCAUCUACCCGCCGCAUCGCCCUUUCGUUGACCGCAUCGAGGAAUGCGUUCAGCGGUUCCGUGCCCGCCGCCGCAUGAGUCCGGAGCGCGAAGUGCUAUUUUCCAGAUACCUCGUCCUCGGCGGUAUCGAUGCCACCAUCAGACAAUUUCAAGGCACCCGGAAUAUUGGCGAUGAUGUUCUCGCGGACUCGAGCAAGAGCGCUGUCCGAGAGAUGACGGCCGACGACGUGAUUCAGCGGGGAGCAGAUGGAAACCGCAGCGUUCGGUUUUAUAACCCGAACUACCCCGACCAUUGGGACGUCGACUUCACUGGCGUCGCCGCGGGGUUUGUAUCUGAGCAUCUCCCUCAGUUGGUAGGCGCUAAGACCGACCAGUUCCUCAUGGGUGUUGAUGUGGUCCUCAACUUUCUCAAGUACGUUGAUCGUCAUGACGUAUGUCCCGAAUAUCGCGACGACGUUCGGAGAGCGCAGAAGGUUUGCAUGAAGGCCCUCGAAGAGUUGCCAGCUACGACGAAUCUGCUACGGUGGCUUCCGGGUCAUUUCAACACCGCUCUCACGGUGUUGUAUAUCAAGCCAGAAGACGACGACUCCUCGAACUUCAGCGUCUCCUUAGACCAGCCGCUGCCUGAUAUCAAGUUCGCCAGAGCCAGCUUAGCCGCUACCCUGUCAUGUUUGAUGGGACCCGACCGUUUCCCAACCAAUGCCGAGUGGUUUGUCACCGACAAGGACGAGCUAACCUUCGAGGUUCUCGAAAUUGACCUCCCGAACAACGCCACUCGUGCAAAGUACAAGACCCUCAAUCAACAUCUCGUCAACUACCCCGAUAUCCAUCCAUGCGGCACCAUCACCGCUCGCGCAGUCGUCAUCCGCAACGGUUGGGACACCACGGGGGCCACCAUCCCGCCCGACACGGGCAAGAAGUGCCAGUUCGUGUUGGAGGAGGGUGCCCUCCGCCUCCUGACGGUGGACAUGAAGCUGACCAUGGGCGUCUGCACGCUGAAUGUCGGCCUCAAGUUCAUCCACUACAUCAAGGGGAUCCUGCCGAGCUUUUACCUCUUUUUGCCGCAGGAGCUGAUGUUCCAGUACAAGGAGCCGGUCCCGAACGACCGUCCUUCGAGGAGCGUCCAUGACCCUGAAGAUGACGGGGAUGUCGUGGCUGGGAACCCGGCGGGCGACCUCGAUGACUGAAAGACUGGGUGGUGGUUGGCAAUUUUGGAGUUUUGGGGCGGUAGCCAUGGGGUGGUAGGUGAUAUGAUAGGCGCGGCUGGAGAUUCCCUAGAGC